UUUCCCCUGCACCUACUGCGACCACUACAACGAGCUGGGACUUCAUUUUCAGUGGGCCUGUACUUACUCUCGGCGCUACUGGCUCUACUACUACUGUGAAUGGCGCUACUUAUACGGUUGCACCAUCGUCUAUCUCAGUGAGCAUGUCCACGAGCUGGGGUGCCUUAACAAUGAUGUCGGCCUCCGGAGGACCAGAGCUUACGCUCGCCGCAUCUGGACAGACAACUACCGUGGGCAGUUCCACUUACACCGUUGUUCCUACAUCUGUGGCAUCAUCCUCGGUAUCCGUUUCUACGAGCACGAGCUGGGGACCUUCCGGUGCCGUCACAAUGAUCUCAGCUUCAGGAGGACCAGAUCUGACUCUCGCCUCCACCGGAGCUACUACCACUAUAGGAACUUCCGUUUACACAGUCAUUUCACCUUCGGCGCCUUCUGUCAGUACUUCGACAAGCUGGGGACCAUCUGGAGCUGUUACCUAUAUCUCGGCCUCAGGAUCGACACCGCUGGCGCUUGCAACCAGCGGCUUCACAACAGUGAUCGGCAGUUCGAGUUACACAGUAGCAACAACGACCGCAACGAGUUCCCAUUCACCUUCGAAUGCUGCUGGCUCUCUGCGGCCUUUCGGUUUCUCAUCAGUGUUAGUCACGGGGAUAAUCGCUAUGGUCAUGAGCACUCUUCUCGGAGGAUUUGUUUGCCUUGCAUGAUCUUUCCGCGCGAAUAUGUAGAUACCACUUGUGGGAUAAUAAGCAUGCUACCUUAUCAGAUAUGUUCCUGUGUGAACAGGAAUUGAGAAUCU